CCGGGGCGGGGGCGGGGGCGGGGGCCGGGGCCGGGGCCGGGGCGGGAGCGCGGCCCGGGCGCGGCGGGAGCCCCGCGCCCCGAUGCGGCCAUGACCCUGAGCGCGGGGAUGUCCGAGGCCCCGGGCCGCGCCGAGGAGGCCGACAUCGACGUGGUGGGGGGCGCCGCCGCCGACGACGACGACGCGGGCCCCGGGCUGGCGGCGCCCGCGGAGGACGAGCCGGACGAGCCGGACGAGCCGGACGAGCCGGACGACGACGACGAGCGCGCCGCCUCCCCGCCCGCGCCCCGCGCCGCGCCCGCCGCGCCCGCCGCGGCGGGGCCGGGGCCGGGGCCGGGGCCGGGGGCCGGGGCCGCGGGGCCGCGCAGCCCGCCGGUGAAGCCGCCCUACUCGUACAUCGCGCUCAUCACCAUGGCCAUCCUGCAGAGCCCCCACAAGCGCCUGACGCUCAGCGAGAUCUGCGACUUCAUCAGCGGCCGCUUCCCCUACUACCGCGCCAAGUUCCCCGCCUGGCAGAACAGCAUCCGCCACAACCUGUCGCUCAACGACUGCUUCGUCAAGGUGCCCCGCGAGCCGGGCAACCCGGGCAAGGGCAACUACUGGACGCUCGACCCCGAGUCGGCCGACAUGUUCGACAACGGCAGCUUCCUGCGCCGGAGGAAGCGCUUCAAGCGGCAGCCGCCGCUCCCGCCGCCCGGCGCCGGCGCCCCCGAGCCGCUGCUGCGCCGCCCGGGACCCGCGGGGGACCCCGCCGCGCUCUUCCCGCCCGCCGGCCCCGCGCACUGCGGCUGCGCCUGCGGCCUGGCGCUGCCCCCCGCGUUGCCCCCCGCGCCGCCCCCCGCGCCGCCCUGCGCGCUCUUCGCCGCCGCCUUCCGCGCCCCGCCCGCCGCGCUGGCCCGCGCCGCCUUCGCCUACCGGCCGGCCGCGCUGCCCGGACCCCCGCGCGCCCCGGCGGCGGCCAAGGCGGGCGGCUCGGCGCUGGCGCCGGCGCGCUCGUCCUUCUCCAUCGAGAGCAUCAUGGGCGGCGGCCUGGGCCCGGCCGCCCCGACACCCGCAGCCGCAGCCGCAGCCGCAGCGGGAGCCGCAGCCGCAGCCGCAGCCGCAGCCGCGCCCGGAGGCUGCGCGGCUCAGGCGGCCGGGGGGCCCGCCGCGCUCGCCCGCUCGCUCGUGGCCGCCGCCUCGGUCCCCGCGCCCGGCGCCCUGGGGACGCUGCUGCCCGGGGCCGCCCUGUCCACGGCCGACAGCUUCGGGGCCCGGCUGGCAGACUGCUGAGGCCGCGCCCCGCGCC